GGGGAGUUACCAAACUGCGAGCAGAAGGCACCCGUCCUGAGAAAUGCGUGUCGAUAGACAGGCAGCCAAAGCGUCAGUGAGAAGAGGAGUGCUGCGGGUGGAGAAACAGCCAGACAGUGCAGUCUUUUGCCGAUUACUGAACUGCACUGUACUUUCUUGCUGAAAAUUGAUCUGAAUGCAAGAAAUAACAUUUAUAAUCGCCAUUUUGCAGCAGUCACAUUGUGGACAGUGAGAUUAUCAAGAACACCAUGGCAGCUAAGCUGUUUCGGGCGGUCAUUCUGGGACCUCCUGGGUCUGGAAAGGGGACCAUUGCCCAGAGAAUUGCACACAGUUUUGGCCUUCAGCAUCUGUCCAGCGGAGACUGCCUGAGGGAGGACAUCGCUGCCCGGACAGAUGCUGGAAUUUUAGCCAAGAAGUUCAUAGAGCAGGGUCUCCUGGUGCCGGAUCAUGUUGUGACUCGGUUGAUGCUUAACAGACUGGAGAAAAUGACCAACCGGAACUGGCUUCUAGAUGGAUUUCCGCGAACCUUGCAGCAAGCUGAGGUUCUAAACAAUUCCUGUGACCUCGAUAUGGUGAUCAUGCUUAACAUUCCUUUUGAGACACUCAAGGAGAGACUGAGUGCACGAUGGAUUCAUCCCUCAAGUGGGCGCGUCUAUAACAUGGAGUUCAACCCCCCCCAUAUUGAAGGCAUUGAUGACAUCAGCGGGGAACCUUUGGUUCGGCAUGAAGAUGAUAAACCAGAGGCUGUAUUAGCAAGGCUCAGACAAUACAAAGAUGUUGCCAAACCAGUUAUAAACUUUUAUCAAAAGAGAGGCGUUCUUCAGUCAUUCUCUGGAACAGAAACAAAUACAAUCUGGCCUUACAUAUAUUCUACACUGUCCUCCAGGAUUACUCCCAUCCACGCUGAAGAAACGCACCAAACUACGUCUCUGCAUAGCCUUGAGCAGUAGAGCACAAUGACUGAGUGCAGCAUUCUUUGUGACAUAACAUUUGCAACCAGCAUAGCUCUUCUAGGAUUGUCUAGGAUCUCAUCGCCAUUCCAAUUCUCUAAAGUGUGUAUUAUUGUAAAGAAACCCUCUAUUGCUUUUAAUCAGAUUUUUAAGAAAAUUAUUUUUAUAAAGAAAUGUAAACAUUACGGAAACAGAUAAUGUAAGAAUACUUAUUUUUUUCUUAAAUCAGCUAAAGGACUUCUUUGGAUCAUUCGAGCACUGGCUAACUUUUUUUUCUUUCAGAAUAAUUUGUACACUGUAGAAUUAUUACCUAAGAAACGAUGUAUAGAUGUUGCUCUGUGCUAGUCAAGCCUAAGUAGAGACUCAUUCCUAGAAAAAGAAACAAAUGUAAAGGGCAAACAUUACAUACAGCAUUGUCCAUUAUAGUUCCUCCUUAGAAUUAGUGUGAUUCAAAGGUUCACACAAUUAUAUUAAAAAUAUAGUAUUAAUUUGAAAAUAAAAUUAAUAUUUAUUAA